AUGAAAACCCUCGAUCUGAUCACAUUUCUAUCGAUAAUCGUAAAGGUAAUAAUAGCCGAGCAUAUUCUCCAUGAAACGAUUGUCCCAUUGAAUCCGGCCAAAUUGUCGACAAGUCGCUUUUUGGAUGUGCGACGAUCUCCCGUUAAACGAAGAAAUCCACCAGUGUUUGCUUCACCACGAGCGAUUUGCGGGAAAAAUCAUAUCGGAAUCGUGCUGAGCUCGCCGUUUUCUGGUCGAAUUUUCACAUCACAUCGAGACGAUUUCACCGAAUGCUCCAAGCUUUUUCAUGGGGCAACAUCGGCUCGAUUAACAUUGGGUUUAAAUGAUACAAAAUGUGGAGUGAGAAGAACGCAAAUUAAUUCCCCUCAAUCGACAAUUGUCUAUGAUCUCCGAGUGAUUGUUUCUUUCGAUUUCUCUCGUUUAACCGAAGAUGAUCGAAUUUUCGAUUUGAAAUGCGUUCAUUCAAAUCAAAAUAUUCUCAGUCUUGAUGCGUUUUAUGAUGCAAAGGAUGUUUUCUCGAAAGAACUUCUUUCAUCAAAUAAACAAUCAUUCAUGUUGAUCGAUGAAAAAGGUUGCUCACUUGAUGAGGAAAUUCUACCGCAUCCAAAAUAUGAUCAAGAAAAUCAAAGCAUUUGGACACCAAGCAAAGCUUUUCGAUUCUCAAAAACUCACCGUGUUCACUUCAAUUGUUUAUUGCAAGUUUGUUCGAUAAAUGACAUCGAAUGCAUGAAAAGAAUUCCUCCACAUUGUCCACGAACGCAUCACAAGAGAAAUUUGGCCGAAAAUUUGUCGAUCGAGGAGAGAUUGCUGAGGAUUCAUGCAGCAUUGAAUGGUUUAAAUCACACAACAAUCACCCCAAUUGAACCACUGAAAUUGGAGAGUUCAUCGCUGAGAAUCGUUGAUCCGAAUGAGGAAUUUGUCUCAUCUCAUUCACUUUCCACCAAAUAUUGCCUUUCAUUGAUGGGCAAUUGGAUUUGUGGAUAUUCAAGUUAUCUCAUUCGAUGUGAUGAACACAAUUUUGACUCUUCG